AACACCCAGUCUCCGAAGAGUCUCUCACCGAACUAGUUUUGCUUGCGUAUUCACUCGUGCAUGUCGUGGUCAGUGUUUGAAUAGGAAGACACAAAUGUAAACAGAACCCACUCGUACUGAUAGCGUUUAUACAUAUUUUUGUUUAUCUUUUUUUACCGAUCGUGUGUUGAUUACAUCAUUGUUAUGAGUGAACAAUGAACAGAUACUACGAGGCAUACCCGAGAAGUGGAACCAUGCUUACCCUGCCUCCACCACCCUUAGCUGACCCAUCGGCUACAUGGAACUCUUACAACUCGGAGCCCGUAAAAGCUCUUGGAAACCGUAUUAAACCAGACAGAAACAGACAUGCUACAAAUGUGCAAAAAAUGCAAUGGCGUAACUCCAACUGGGUUGAUGGAUUUCCCGAACUGGUGAGUUCAAUGACCAUUGCCGAUGUAAGUCCUAGAUUUGCGGUGAAACGUAUUUUACUUUUGUACGAAAAUGCUCAAUACAGAGAAGCAGCAAAUUUUGUUAACCGCCUUAGUCACAACACGUUCAAAGCUAUUUUAGAUCAAUUGCCUAUUGACUUGUUCAUUGAAGCUAUGCCUCAUAGUCUUUCCAUUCUGGAAGCUCUAUACGCAAAAGUAUUUUUGUCAUCCGACUGUGGCGUUAAAGUAUUACGGCCUGACAACGUACUCCUGCAGAUUGUUAAGCUAUUCACGUGUACCACAGGUGGUACAGAAAGAUGGUUGGGUAGUACUAGAAAGCUUUUAAAAGUAAUAGUUUUAUCGGAACCUAAACUGCGCAAAGCACUUCAGGUGCGUCGAAGAUCAUUAGAUAAAGCAGUCGAAGGCCUAGGUCAACAUGGUAUGGUGGGUACUAGCGAUGAAACAUUGACAAACUUACACGAUGCACUUAAAGCUGAAUUCCAAAAGUUAGUAGACACAUAUAAAGCAGCUCUGCUUAAAUUAGAAGAACUCAGCCUUUUGGGUAAACGUGAUGGAGUAAGCAAAGGCCCUGCACCUGUGCAGGCUUCUCAUCAACGACAACUAUCCCUCAGACAAACCGAUAUUCAGGAACGGUUAAUAAAAAAUAAAACACUACUAAACGUUGUAGAGCCUGUUUUAGAGAAUAAAUCGAUGGCCAUACUAUUAACAAUACUAAAACGCCGUGUUGAAUACGACAAAGAUGCCUUGUUCCAGUUUACCCAGCUCAAGAAAGAACUUAAAGUUGAUUCGGAACCCGUUAUUGCGCCUUUAUUAAUGAGAUACUCACAUGCGUGCGAGCAAGUUUUAGAGUUAAUGAAAGAAGUAGCCGAGGAUGAAGAUUCUAGUGAUAUAUCUGGAUACCAUUCGGAUUCUGACAGUGCCAUAAUGAUGUCGGGAAAUUCUCCCUACGUAACAAAAAGAGCAAGACACAAUUUUAUAUCGAGAUCGGUGAGAUCGAGUAGUAAUCAUAGCACGAGGACCCGAUUAGUGUUAAGUACCGGAUCGAGUUCCGCAAGUCCUCCAGAUGGCGCAGAAUCAUCCACAACAGCGACACCUAAUUGGGAAUGGUCAACCGAGAAAUCAGUAAAUACGUUGACCUGUUGUCACAAGUGCGAACCACAAGCCACUCUACAGGUGCAAGCAAUAAACAACACUGAAUUGUUAGCCCUUCAAGCAGAGUUAGAAACGACAAAAACGGAACUAGAAAGAACCAAAACUAAGUUAGAAUCAGCCACCAAAGCAGUUAAGCAGACACAAGCUUCAAAAGAGUUGAGUGGAUCAAGAUUGGUUAGGUGCUACGGAAAUUUAUACUCACAGGCCAGAGUAGAAGCAUUGGAAAAAUUAGAUUUAUUGCCUCAGCUCCACGAUGCCACAGAACUGAAAUCGAAAAUACUCUUUUCCGUUGUUGUUCUGGCUUUCAGAUCUACACAAUCUAUGCUGAGCCAAAGAAAAGAACAAGUGAAAAGGCUGUUAUUUUACCCCACUCCUUCAGGCCCAGCUCACAUUGAACUAGAAGCUUCUAUAUGUGCAUACUUAAGAAGGACAGUAGACACAUUUGAUUUGAUUGAAUGCAUUGAAGAAGUUAGUUCCCAGUUAUGGGCUACUUUAUAUGACUACCCUUGUUUGAAAACAUGUUCGGGUCUACAUCAGUACAUACGAGAUUCCGUUCGUUUGGCUUGGGCAUUAGUGAAUCAGACUCCUAGUUUUGUUUUGGAGUAUGAGCAACGGGCGUUCAAGCGAGACUUACAUGUAAGAUAUCAUGCUUCGAAUUUGGAAAGUGACGUUGUUCGGACGUAUUUGUGGCCGGCAUUACUCGAAGGACCUAACGGGCUAUGUGUACAUAAAGCAGUGGUACUUACGUAGAUUUGUCACUACAAUUAUUAAGUUUAUUAAUCAAUAUUUCGUUAAGUGUAAUAAACGAGUGAGUAGUAGGUAGUUAUUGUGCGCAUACACUACAUAAUGUAAAUAUAAUAAAAAGUGUACAUUAUGCAUAAAUAAAUUUUAUUAAUAUUCUUUUA